AGCGACGCUAUUAGCGUCUAGAGUUCGUUGAUGUCGUGCAGUCUAGCCCCCAAAUAAGCAUGGCAUCCAGAUCACGAAGUGAUGCAGCGUUCAAGAAAGGAGACAGAGUAGAGGCUCGAUGGUCUGGAAGCAAUAAGUUUUAUGAAGCCAAAAUUUUGGAAUCCACAUCGAGAUCAUACAAAGUUCAGUUUGAUGAUGGUUCAAUAUCAUCUGUGAAGAUGGCUGAUGUCAAAAAGCUCAAGGAGAAAAGUGAGCCUAAACAGGAGAAACCAAAACGACAAGCAUCUAAGUCAAAAUCUAGGAGCAGAAGUAGAACACGAGCCGGGCCUUCGAGGUCUCGCUCGCGCUCACCUGCAAGGAAAGAGAAAAAGGCUCCGAAAGCUAAAGCCAACAAAAGGUCUUCUACAGAGGAGAAAAAAAGCCCAACUACAAAUAAUGUGGAUGAAACAGAUAGUCCCGUCAAAAGCAUUUUAACUAGAAAUAAGAUUGGAGUAAAGGAGGAAACAAAGAAGGAAACCGUUUCUGCAACACAGACAACUAACAGCUUUUUAUCUAAAGAAUUUUAUAUAAGCUUGGACAAGCCAAAUAUGAGUUCUGCCCAAUUGAGAACAUCAACACGACUAGCCAAUUUUAAAUUUGCUCAGUCAACUCCAGAUAAAGACACAAAAAGUGAAAAAGUGAAUGCUGUUAAGAAAGUGGAGGGAAAAUAUUCCGAUGAAGAAUCUAGUGAUGAAGAAGUUGAAGUUAUUAAAAAACCACCCAGCACUCCCUUAAGUUUGCAAAUUCUAUAUUUCAUGUUAACAUUGUCCAGAGUCAUCAUACUGCCCUUGGUCAUGCUGUUUUUAAUAUUUACGUGCACAAAAAAACAAUGUACAGUUUUUGAGGUUCCUCAGUUCUACUCAGGAUGGCGAAGCUUUGGAAACAGCAUAAAAUACCCCAUUGCUUCAGUCCUUGCAUUUCAUGUAGUUUUGUGCAUUUUGUCUUUUAUUCCGGCUGGAAAGAAACAAUCUGGGUUUCCAACAGAACCAAGCAAAUCUAUUAAACACUACUGUUUGAAUGGUUUGUUUUGUUUGGUGAUUGCUAUCAUAGCAUUUUCAGCUGCAUCAUAUUUUGGUGUCUAUUCGAAUUGGGGAUAUGAUAAGUUUAAAAGUAUUUCAUUAAGCUCCCUCAUUUACUGUGUAAGCUGUGCAUUGAUCAUUCAUAUUGUAUCACUUAUCAAAGGAAAUGGAGAUAAGUAUAGUAAAAUACCAUUGAUUGGAAAUUUUUAUGAUGGUGUUUACGUCAAUCCAUUUUUGUUCGGAAAAAUUGAUGUCAAGACCUCAUUUAUUCGAGCUGGACUGAUUGGAUCUGUUUUGAUGAAUUCAAGCAUUGUGCUAAAAUACUUUUUGAUGAAAGGAACUGUUACAAUUCCCAUGGCCUCAACUGUUUUGAUGCAGUUAAUAUUUGUUUUGGAUUUCUUCAUUAAAGAAGAAACAAUGUUGAGUUCUGCUACUUACACGCUGGACACUGUGGGCUACAGCUUUAUUUUAACUACAGGAUUUCUCAUUCCAUUUGGAUUAGUUUUGGACACCGUAUACCUCUUUAACUUCGAAAACAAAGCAAGUGCAGUACCUCACUACUGUUCUGCGUUGGUUGCUGUUUUGUUCUUUUUUGGAUAUUUUCUCUACCGGUCCUCCAAUAACAUCAAACAUGCUUUCAGAAGAAAUCCAUUUGGUCCCUCAGCUUCAGGAUUGGAAUCUAUUCCAACAAGUAAAAAGAUGAGACUGAUAACAUCAGGACUGUGGGGCAAAAUGCGACACCCUAAUUAUGUUGGAUUGUUUAUCAUGGCAACUUCAUGGACACUUCCCUGUGGAUUUUCACAUCUGGUUCCAUACGUACCGUUGAUCAUGCUGCUUGUCGCACUCAUUCUGAGAUGUUUCCGUAUUGAGCAUGAAUGCAAAGAAAAAUAUGGUCCUGCAUGGACGAAGUACACCGAGUUGGUUCGCAAACGCUUCAUACCAUACGUGUUUUAAACUGUAUUCAUAGAUUGUAUCUAUUUCACAUGCCAUGAUCAUUAAGCACUUCAUUGAAAAAUAAUCAUACACUUCACAAAAAUUUUAACAAUGAUUUAUGAAUGUUGUGUUGGUGAUGUUGAAUACUGGUGAAUGUUAUACAUUUAUUUUUAAUGCAUCUAAAAUUUUUCUGUUAGUCAUUCAUAUUGUUUACACAACUAGUAAUUUUUACAAGUGUAUCAUUGUUGCAAUAUUGGCUCUAACAGAAUUUUUGGAACUUUCAUUUGAAGUCUUUGCGAGACACAGUUUUGGUGAGAUAUGGUCAGUCCUGUGGUCAUUCAAUACAUAUUGCUGCAGUAGAUAAAAAAAAGUUUUUUUUUCCAAAAAAAAAUGUAAAAAAUUUGGCAUUUGUUUUUUAUGUAUCAGAAUUGGUUUGCGACUUGUUCUGAUAUUCAUUGCAUAUUUUCGUUAUCAAAUGCAUUAUUUUAUCUUACAGUAAGAUAACUUUAGUCUUUUGAUUUGUACAUGUUUCAUAUAUAUUAUUCAUUUAUGGAAUAAUCUUAUCUAACAUUUAAAUCAUUGUUGAGUCAUUAAAUGUAAGAUUCAUGUCUUUUUUACUAUGUGACUUUUCUACAGAAUCGAAGUUCAUCUUAACUGUUAAGUUUUGUUGAAUUUCUUUAGAGCAUGAUUUUUUUUUUCGGGAGUUUUAUUUUUUGUUUUCUUCUUUUUUAAAAAUGAAGCUUUUAUGGAAAAUUUUGAGGUAUUUAGAUACAAGACUUGGUUUUACUUCUGUGUAGGUUACACAGGAAUAGCAUAAGUAAAACUGCAAUCUUUGCUUAGUUUGUAGGCAUGUUAAAUUCAUGAUUCUUUAUUAAAAUGUUUAUUGCAUAAUUUAUAAUUAAUAUAUUUCUUAGUACUUAGUUUUUUGUUACAAUCUUGUAUUAUUUCUUUAUUUAUGAUGUUGUUUGCCGUGAUACUUUUUAAUUGUGUUUUAAUUUUUUUUGUUUUUAAUGUAAAGUUUUAAAAUGCAUUUUAAACUUGUGUUUUCUUCUACUUUUUUUUUUCAGCAGCAAUGUAAUGUUUGCUAGAAUUUUAAUUCAUUACUGCACAUUUGUUGCAUUUGUCAAAAAUCAUUUUCAGAUUUUAAUGUUUUCAAUUUUCAUCAUAAACGAUGAAAACUCAUUGCAUAUAAAAUUCAUUCAUUUUAAUGAAUUUACAUAUCAGUUUUUUCUUUAGAAGUUUGUCAAAUAUUAAUUAAUACAUGUGUAUAUUACUCAAAAUUGUGCCUUCAACAUUUACAUAAACUAUUUAAUGCUUCAUGCUGCAUGUCCCCUCUCCUGCUUGAUGACUAAAUCGCAUUACAGAUAUUAAAAAAAAAAAAAAAAAAGAAAGAAAAAAAAAAUGAGGUUCAUAGUAACUGAGAAUUUUUAUUCGUUACAUUGCCUGAAUCAGGGUUUUAUGUACUAUUUUCGUACCAUUAUAUUUAAAAACUUAAUUUUAAUUGAAAUGUGUUUUUUUUCUUUUCUUUUUUUGAUGAGAUGGCAGUUAUUUAAUUUUCAAUAGAAAAUACAUUUUUCUACCCCCCUCCCCACAUCUCUUUUUUUAAAUCUUAUGUUCAUUUGUUUUUUAUUUCUUAACAUUCUUAAUGAUUCUUCAUCUAUUUGUAUCUUUUUCUUGUUUAAAACAAUGUAAUAGUUUAUUUUUUGUGAUCCCAUAAGACUUGGUGAUAUUUACUGUUUCUAAAUACCCUUGACAUAAUUGGUGACUUAUACUUUUCAGUUUAUUAAGGUUUGUUGAAUUUACUUUAAAUAUCAACCACCAGUUGUAAAUAAAAUUUUCUUUUGACUUCAUCAUAAAAUGCGCAACAAUCUGUAAAUAACAAAGUUGCUCAAUUCAUAUUUUUAAAAAUUGCAUUUUACUCCUUGUGUUGUUGAGCUUACAUUUAGUGUUUAAAUUGAAAUAAUGUUUAAUAACUCAAUUUUCUAGUAAAAAGAAAUUUCCAUACUUUUGUUUUGAAUUUGGAACAUUUUACUCAUAUGUAUUUCAACAAUAAUUUUUAAAUUUUUCAAGUUUCCUUUUACUUUUAUUUUUAAGCUCAUUAACAGGUUAUAUUAUCAAAUGCGGCAAGACUUUCUUGCACCAAUUACAGACAUAAAUUGAAAGACAUAUAUGUAUAUAUAUAUAUAUGAAUCAGUGGUGUAUAUUUUAUACAUACUAGGGGGCUAUCUGCAAAAAGCCUGGUGGUUUUUUUUUUUCAUUUCAAUUAAAGUUUUUGUCAAGCAAAUGAAUCUUUUAAAAGCAAAAUACAUGUAUACAGCCCAUUUCCACUGUUAGUGCUGAAGUGAAAUGAAUUCAGUCUACCUAUGUUGCUAUAGCAACAUUAGAUGCCUUGGAUAUAUGAGCAGCACAUAGUGGAAACUAAAUUUUAAUUGUUAAAUCUAAAGUAAUCCUUUUUCUCCUUAGUAUGAAAAUAAAAUAAGUGAAAUAAUCUUAAAAAUGAACAAUUCUAAAAGGAUACUUUUUUUCAUGACAGUAAAAAUAAAUAAAAAAAGUUCACUUAGGGAGGGGGGAGUUCUUUAAUGUGGGGGAUACAAAAAGAUAUGGUCAGAUGCUGAGCUGACAACACCUGAAAAGUUGGACUGUCGGCUGCGUUAGCACUGGGACAUUUUAAAUGUUUAAUAUUGUAACAGCUUGUGAAAAAUACAAACCCAGUAAGUCAUCUGCAGGCAUUAAGUUGACUGCUCAUUAAAUCAACUAAAAUUGCUCAUAGUAAAAAUAAUGAAAAAUGAAAAGUUUAUAUUCAAUUAUCAUUUAGGAUGAGUCCUGUGACAGGACAAUGUAGUUACAUAGUUGCUGGCAGAACUCUUACCAUAUAUUCUCACAUGCACUACUGAUACAUAUAUAUAUAUAUAUAUAUACAUGAAAUAAAAUUUUGUCUAUAUGUUGUAAAUACGUAUGUUUAAAUUUACAUUUGAGUAUUUCGAGAAUGUUUCUAAAACUUCGAUGUGAUGGAGUAAAAUUUAUUUAGUGUUAAUUCAUGCUUUUAUAGAAAAGCAUCAAUGUAUGUUUAUGUAUUUGAUUAACUCUUUUUCCUAGUGUAUGGAUUGUUUUAUAUAACUUUUAGGAUUGUGUGAACAUAAAAUGUUUCAAAAUUUGUGAGAAAAUUUAUUUGAAAUAAUUAUUUAAAAGAAUUUCUCUGUUAAUACCUUUUUUCAGUCAUUGUAUCAAUUUGCCAAGUUAUUAAAUCACAAAACAUUUAUAAAUAUUUGAACAUAUUCUUAAUUAAAAAAAAAAAGUUUUUGCAUCGUUUUCUUUAUGUCCGCACAUCAUUGUAAGUAUUCAAAUCAUAUUCUAUAAUUAUUUGUGUCCAAAUCUGUAUAGCAUCAUCACUCAGCUAAGAGAAGUAUAUUUUUUACUAUGUAUAUCUAAGUGAUAUUGGUGCAAUUUUUAUUUUUCUUUAAAUGAGAAACUGGCUAAAUGGGUAAAAUUUUAAAGUUUGGGUCAGAUUUACAACAUUUCUCAUUUUAACUAUGCCACAUAUGUUUCUCCCCCCCCCCUCAAAAAAUUACUUUUUCAAGUCAUGAGCUAUAGCCAUUAAGUUUGGUACUGUUCUGCUGAAGUAAUCUAUGUUUUCAAAAGUAUUUAACUAUCCUAGAAUAUGAAUUAUAUUUCUUUUUCUGCAGUUUUCCCAUUUAGCUGUUUCUUUAAAUAAUAUUUAAAAAUGUAUUUUUGUUGAUUAGUAACAUAAUAAUUUAAAAUUUGCUUAAUGUAAUUGAACAAAAGCUUGGCAAAAUGUAGAUAAUCAAUUUUAAUUCAAUAAAAAAUUUCUUUACAAAUCAGUGCAGUAAUUAAUCAUUCUUGAACUUUUAUUAUGCUUAACCCAUUUACUGCAUAGUUGUCAAAAAUUGCUAAUUUUGAGCAAAUAGUUUUUAAGCAUAUGUGUCCAUUACUUUUCUGUAUAUAUUAAAACGGUGAUUCCAAGAUCUUUGAAAAUAGGUCUCUUGCAUGCUACAAUUAUUAAACAUAGAAUCGGUUUAGUUUUGCUUCUGUUUCAUUUAGAUUUAUGAUUCAUUACACUAGUUUGCAUAAGUUAAC